UAUUGGAAGUUAUGAAAAAUAGUUUAAAAUACUUCCAUGCAUAUGCAAUAGUUUAAAAGUGUUUAAUCAGGCAAACAAAAUGGACCGAACAAUGAUGGCGCCCUGGAGAGCAGAGGAGAAGGAGCAUAGUGAGAAAUUGUAUAAAAAACUGCAAGGCCUCUCCUUGUUGUAUCCUAUGAACGACGAAAUGCACAAGUUGCUUUCGGUCGACAUUUUUCUUAAGCCCAACCAGCCCGCUUUUUUUCAAGUGAUGCACUACCUCUUUCGUAUACUGGAUCCCGCAGAGUUCAAACGCCGAUUCUUUUGGCCUAUUACGGACAAGAAAUCGGAGGCGACCUUUCGAACCAGCACCGUUGAUUAUUUAAAGCAUUUGAACGCGAAACAUAAUCUUAAUUGGACCAACAUUAAAUCCUACCUGGUUGUAAUGCCGGGUGGAAUGAAAUUCAUUAACUUUCUUUUAGACCUGGUCAGUUUUGUCGUGCAGGAACUGACCAGGCAACGGGAGAAAGCACUGUCAGCUGACACGGAUAUAUCAAAAUACCGGAAUUGGAGCGUGCAAAGAAUGUCAGCAGCAAAUGUUUUCAGAAAGGAAUAUAUCUCAGCAUAUAUUGACGAGCUGGAGGAAAAUGCAAGCCAGUUUCGUGAGCGCACCCAGAAAAUAAGGCAAACAUUUUCAGCAAUUGCAGCCGCAACCGACGUCAAUGAAACGCUGCUGCUGGACGAUGCAUUUCUGGAAGACUUUGAGUCAUCUAAUCGCCGCAAAUGCGAGCAGAGAAUAACUGUGCCCGCCGCAAAAAUUGCAAUGUUAGAGGCCCCACUGUAUGCGCUUAAAGAUGUAAUGGAUCAGUUUCAAGCCAAGCGAGCCCACUACAAGCAAAACAAAGAAGCUGCGGACAAUGCAUUACGCGGUAUCCAAAGGCUCUUCGGCACGGAUGUAGACUAUACAACAGGCAACGGCGUUAGACUUAACGCACUGCUGUCCGCUUUUAAUAGCAUUAGCGAGACAAUCGCCGACCAGUUGGAUGCCAAUGAUCACUACAACGAGUGCAAUGAGUUUGUUACAACAGAUCUGGAGACUUUGCGUGCCGAGCUGCAACAGAUUGAUCUACAAGUAAGCGCUGUGCAAAGAACUUUAAAUGCACGCGCCAAGGAGCACGGAACCAAUAUUAGUGGAAGCAAUGCGUCACAAAUGUACAGCUCGCAGCUAGCGGUGCCGAGCACGCCGCUACGCACGCUGGAUGUACGUACUGAAGCCAGCGCCGCUGGUCAUCCGCUGCUGAUGAAGUUCGUUUCCACGCCGCCCAUUAGACCGGAAUUGGCUAGCGGCGUGCGCAAUGUGCACGUGCGCUUGCCGCUGCAAGAUGACUUCAAUGCCAAGCAGUUUGAGACGACGUGCAACAGUCUGCUGGUACCUGCAGCGCCACGUUCAGCGCGAAAGAUUAAGCUGGAGCAUCCCUCAGAGCUAAACAGCACCAUGAAUAGAUCAAGAAUAGUUGAUCCCAUGCAGCUACUGCGCACUAUUAAUAAAAAGUCAGCUAAGCCAAACACAUUGGGAAAUCUUUCCUCAUUGGGCAGCAAAUGGAAGCAGAUGCAGGCCACGUUUGGCUUUGAUGACGCGACACCCGCAAUGCCUACCUCGCCCAAGAACAAUGCCGCUAGCAGCUACUUACCGUUUACGCCGCUUAAUUGCAACGAACGCACCCGCAUUGAGCGUGUGCAACAUCCACAAGCGGCUGAUACAAGCAACAGCUCGUUGUAUGCCAAGAAGAGUGCUGCCAUGAUGAAGGUGUUGGACGCCUCGCUGAACGUACAGAAUCUGAGCACUUCACCAUCUGGUCGGUUGGAUGCACUGGUACCCGGUCCGUUGUCGGAACAAGUCCUACCACGCAUGCAGCUGAAUGAUCAAACACUCAUCGAUUUUCAGCAGCUGCAGUGCAGUAGCAAGGAAAACGAUGCGAAUCAAAUGAACCAGCCACCGCCCAAAUUUAGUCUCGACUUUAGCGAUCAUGGGGAAAAGGAUGAUUUGCAGAACAUAAGCGAUAGUGUGCUCAAAAAUAUUUCCUUUUAGUUUUCAUUCUCAUAUGGUUUAUUAUAUUUGCAAAUCGUAAAACUUAGCUACUGGUUUAAUAUUCACAUAAUGCAUGUAUAAAAAUUUCUUUAUUUUUGCGCUGUUUAAUUUAAUUUCUAUUGAAACAAUUGACAUAUGUUUAAAGUAAGACAUUUGCUUGGCAAUUUAUGUUAGAUUAUGCGAAUGGAUGUGUUUGAAAUUGAAUUCAAUUUAAUUAAAUUCGAAUAUAUUUUUGUUAACCAAAAAUCAAACCAUAAUAAAUUUAAAAUGUGCAUGAAUAUUAAUCGAAAAAAAAAUAUAAAUACCUUAUAGUUAGUUUUCUCAACAUAUUCAGUUUAACUCAACUUCAGUUCUAUUCCAAAUGAUCGUGAGAAAACCUACAAUCUCUGAGAUUUGAGUAGUGUUCCACUAUUGUAUUAUAAAAUUGCUAUAUUUACAUAAUUGUAGUUUAAGAUAUAUAUUUCAUGUGUAAACAUUCAUAUUGACGUGUACAGAUGUAUAUUAAGUACACGCAUAUCUUUUGGUUCUGUGUUUAGAAUUAAGUUAUUUAUGAUUCAGCGCCUUAUCACAUCAAUAGUUGAGCACCCGUUAUAAUAAACUCGCCGAACCACAAAUAUUGAUAUGUGCAUAUAUAUAUACAUAUUUGUGGAUUUUAAAUUGCAUUAUACAUAUAUAGAUGCAC